AUGGCAAGCCUCUUCUCUUUUCCGGUGCCGAUUCAGAUCCGCGAGCACGAUGAGAUCCGACUUUCCGACAACAUUGUCCUGUCUGCCAUGAUUUGGCUGCCGAAAGAUGCGCUGGUCGAACCUGUGCCGGCAAUACUUGAGUAUCUACCUUACAGGAAACGGGAUGGAACGGCAGAGCGAGACGCUCUCAAUCACUCGUACAUUGCGUCCUAUGGAUAUGCAUGUGUCCGUGUUGACAUGCGAGGCAGCGGGGAUUCUGAGGGUAUUCUCCUCGGCGAAUAUCUCAAGCAGGAACAGGACGAUGCCCUGGAGAUCUUGCAGUGGAUAGUCGCACAGGACUGGUGCUCUGGGUCAGUUGGUAUGAUCGGAAUCUCAUGGGGCGGGUUCAAUGGGUUGCAAGUGGCGGCGCGACGCCCUCCUGAACUAAAAGCGGUCAUCUCACUCUGCUCCACCGAUGACCGCUAUGCAGAUGACGUCCACUACAUGGGUGGCUGUCUGCUUGUGGACAAUUUCACAUGGGGCGCGACCAUGUUCAGUAUCACGCCGACCCCUCCGGAUCCAGCCUUGGUUGGGGCUAAGUGGCGGGAUCUUUGGAUGAGUCGUCUGGAAGCAGGGGGUAACUGGAUGGUGGAGUGGCAUGAGCAUCAGCGGCGCGACGAGUUCUGGAAACACGCCUCGAUCUGUGAAGACUACGGCGCCAUACAGUGUCCCGUCUAUCUCGUUGGUGCCUGGUCGGAUGGGUACUCGAACACGAUUUUCAGGAUGCUAGAACACCUCGAAUGUCCUCGAAAGGCACUGAUAGGCCCCUGGGCACAUGCGUAUCCCAACUUCGCUACGCCUGGCCCACAGAUUGGCUUCUUGCAAGAAUCCCUCCGCUGGUGGGACAAGUGGCUGAAGGGCAAAGAAACGGGUAUUAUGGACGAGCCAAUACUCCGCUGUUAUUUGCAGGAUACUGUGCCUCCUCGCACGCAGUAUGAUUUUCGUCCUGGCCAUUGGGUGGCCGAGAAAAGUUGGCCGACUCCAAAUAUCACGACUCGCACCUUGCGACUCUUAGCUGGGCGGCUAAGUGAUGAGCUCUCAACGUCUGAUGAGCGGCUAUCAAUCUGCUCUCCAAUGACGGUUGGCUUCGCUAGCGGUUUGUGGUGCCCAGGUCUCGACCUUGAUCUUCCCGGGGACCAGCGCGCCGAGGCAGGCGGCUCCCUACUGUUUGACAGUGCGUCAGUCAGCCAACAGGUCAGCCUGCUUGGUGCUCCGAUUGUUUAUCUUCGCAUCGCAAGCGACAAACCGAACGCAAUCGUGGCCGCUGUCCUCUCCGAGAUUCUACCAGAUGGCUCGGCCACACGAAUAUCUUUCGGACUGCUUAACUUGACACAUCGCGAUAGUCAUACAGGCCCGACACUGCUGGAGCCCGGGCGUUUCUACGACGUUGUGAUUAAGCUCAACGAAUGUGGUCAACGCAUUGGCGUCGGGAGCCGCCUUCGUCUCGCUCUGUCUACAUCAUACUUCCCAAUCUGCUGGCCCUCUCCAGAGGCUGCAACGCUGACGAUCGACUGUGCUCAUAGCAGGCUAGAGCUUCCCACACGGAUUGAGAGCGACCAGGACUCCCAGCUAAGGCCGUUCGAGCCUGCCGUGACCGGGCGACCCUUGAAGACUCGGGUAUUGAGACCAGGCAAGAAAAUGAGCGGCACUAUCACCGAGGACAUCGAGACCGGCCGAAAAACUCUGACCCGCAUCUUGGAUACAGGCUUGAUAGAGUUUGAAGCCAUCGGCUGGCACUACGGGGAUACCAGCACAAGCAUCUAUUCGAUUUCGCCCGACGAUCCGCUGUCAGCAUGCGCUGAGAUGCAAUUCAAGCAGGAAUACGGCCGCAAAGGGCUGGAUUUGGUCGUUGAGGGAUGGAAUAAGAUGACGGCUACCCGGACGGAUUUUCAUCUUACUGCUCGGUUUGAUGCAUUCGAAAACGGUGUGAGAGUGUUUGGACGUGACUAUUCCUCCACCGUGCCACGCGAUCACGUUUAA